UUCUUUAAACAUACAAACCAUUUUUUUAUAUACAUCUCAGAUUUGGGUGAUGGCAUUCUGCGUGACGUUUGUGUUCACCGUCACUCUGUCGGUAUUCCCCGCCGUCACUGUUGACGUCAAAACAGCAUUCCCACAUGGAAAAUGGGGACACAUCUUCAUCGAGGUGUGUUGCUUCCUGGUUUUCAACAUUCACGACUGGAUUGGCCGGACCGUGACCACAUGGAUACGCUGGCCUGGUAAAGAGUCGCGUGUGUUCCCGGCCCUGGUGGUCUCCAGGGUGAUCUUCAUCCCCCUGCUGAUGCUCUGUAACGUUCAGAAGCGCUACUACCUGCCCGUGGCCUUCUCUCACGACGCCAUCUUCACCGUCAUCAUGGCGCUCUUCUCCCUGUCCAGCGGUUACUUUGUGUGCCUCUCCAUGUCCUACGCGCCGCAACUGGUGGAGCCUAAAGAUGCAGAGACUGCAGGAGCCCUGAUGACCUUCUUCCUGGCCCUGGGUCUGUCCGUCGGGGCCGCCCUGUCCUUCCUCCUCAGGAGUCUGGUGUAGUUCCCAUAGAAACGGCACGGUAAAACUAUCACCACACUCCUGAAAGGAGUGGCUGUCAGUUUCCUGUUUAAAAACAAAUCCAUUAGUUUCAUAUUAAGUUCAGCUGGUAAGUGGAACAGAGAAACAUUUCAAGACGUUCGAUUGAGAACAAUCCGUAGAUCAUUCUGAAACCACGUCAGUUUUAUGGGUUUUCAUCGCUUGUAGUUGUUUGUUUUGAGACAAAUAUUUUUCUAUUUUUUUAUUUGUACAUUGUUGUUUUGUAACAGGAAGUAAAGCUGAACGAAACAAAAAACGAUUUCUAAGCAGUACAAGCUAAUUUGAUGGUAAAUCCUGCCAUCUGGUGGCUAAAAUGUUUAUUGUGAGGCAUGUUGCCAUAUUGACUAAUCAGUACCAGCAUUGUUUAUCUAUGAGUUUAUUUCCUCAUCAAAUUUUACUGGUGAGGUGCCAUUUUUUUGUGUUCCAACAUUCUUUCCCAGUCUGCUGGUUCCCAUGGCUCCAUGUGAUCAGAAGCUUUGCUUAUUUCCUGAGUAAAGACCAAGCAGCAGACGGUUCCUACGCAUUUAGUUUCAAACUUUAAAAAAAUAAAUAACAGUUUUUCCGUAUUCAAAUUCCCCAAUUUUAUUUAUUUAUUUAUUUAACAUUUAAGUCUGAAAUCUGAACUUUUUAACUGCUUAACUAACAUUUGGGUUUUAUCUAGAGAUUCCACAUCAUCUGAAAAAAAAAAGAAAAAAAGAAUUAUGGAAUCUAUUUUAGUUUUUUCUUAAAGUAUUGAAAAUAAAAUACUUUUUUAACCUUUGGAACGAGACGGUUUUCAGUCGGAGUAAAAAGAAUUGGUUUUAUUUUCCCAGUCCGUUAUAGAAACACCUGCUACCAGUUGUUUCAGUGGCAGAUGAACUCUGUGUGCUUUACAGUGUGUGCCGACUCAUGAUGUUUUAUUUCUCAUUUUGACACCGCUGGAGUGUUUUGUUUGUUUACCACUAAAAAUAAUUUUCAGUGUGUUUAUGUUCCUGUUUAUGUCAACAAUGUGGCAGCUGUUGCUUCAACACAUUUUCUUUACAAUGGGAUCAGAAGAAAAGCAAACAAAAAGCCUUGAAAGUGUCUGAUUUUUGUGAUUUAUGCUGAACUUCCAUUUACUGUAAAAUGGACCAACAACACAGUGAGGAGACGGCAGAACUUCACUGCAGUUAGAUGAAGACUAAUGCAUGACAUCCAGUUCCUUCAGAACCGAUGGAUUCUUAGAGACUUGAAUGUUCUGGAGGAGUUUAGGAUUCUGUUGCCUUAACGCACGACCUGGAGUAUGUUCCGGUUCCCACUUUGGAGAUGACAUGAGACUGUACAAGCAAAAUGUUUUCGUAUACCAUCUGUAUCCAUAGCAACAGAAGGCACCCUGAUGUUUUCAGUUCCAACCAAAUGACCAUGUAGUGAUCCAUUGUGCCGUUCACAGUAGAAACCAGUUUCAGCAAAGGGAAUAUUUUCAUUGUUCCUGUCAAUAAAUGAAUCCUGUAAUUCUGUGAUGUCUGCUGGUUUAUAAAGGAUUAGAGUGAAGUAAUAAAAAUUAAAAUCUUAAAGGAAAAUAUUUGCUCUACUUAAGUCGUGUUGAUUUUCAUCAAAAAACAGACUUUGGUGCACCAAAAUCUUUAGUAGUUUUAUUAAAAUUGGCUAAAUGCAUUGUUUACAAAGAGUGUGACCCAAAUCCUGCUCUUAUUGCUGAGAAAAUACUAAAUGUUCUCUAGAUUUUUCAAAUUUGCACCUCUAUGGAAGUCCAUUCCUGCCAUGAAAGGAAAGUCAUAAUUUUGACAUCAAAAAUCAUAAUUAUGAGAUGGUCACACUGUUUCUCUACAGCAUCUUAUAGUUCUGACUUUAAAAUGUGAAAUUAGAACUUCUUGUUGGACAUUUAUUUUUUUCUUUUAUGGCAGAAAUGGCCUUCUAUACAAAACACUAAGUUUUUGAUUUAGGAUUCACACAUCCCUUUCCAACACAAGAUAUGACUUUAAAUAGUAUUUUAUUGAAAAUUUACCUAGACUAAUGCAGAGAAAAAUAACUAAAUAUUGCAUCUCUGCAAUAGCACAAAAAUGUAUUUUAUAAAAGAUAUUUUAUUAAUGCCUUUGAGUACUUUUGACAAGGUUUGAAUGAAGAAUGAAGUCCUCAGAUUAGAAAACGAAAAACCUAAUUUACAUUAAUUACACACCAAUCUGAAUGUAGAUUAUAUUGAUCCACAGAACUAAUGAAAACCCAAAAGUCGCUUCAUGUUAGAAUAUCAUGAGACUAAUAUUUAAUACAGAAAUGUUCCGGUCUACAUAGGUGACAGGAAAAACGGCAGACUUGAUGCUUGAGCGUAUUAAUGGAAGAUUGAGUGAAAGGAAAAAUGUUUUGAAGUGAUUGUGAGAUGACUGUGAGGCUUAUUGAGAUCUGUAAUCCCAUGUUGCCUAGGUUACCAAUCUGAAUGUGAAUUAAACUUUGGUAUAAAUUGGUCCGUUACAAUAAAUCAAUCACAAAUGAAAAUGAUCGACCUCAUUUUAAUUUAUCGGCUUUAUCGUUUCUUCCUUUUUCUGACAUUGAACGAAAAAAGGCUCACCUCCGGUUCUCUCCACUGACCCCUCUUCCUCGUUUCAUUAGCAUAAGGGAGGAGUGAACUAUUGGACCAGGUAGUUGAAUUUGCCCAUCUUUAUCUAAAUCCAAUGAUUACUGAAGGGAAAUAUAGUAUACAGUCUUUGUAAUCUGUUCUCUUUUGGUUGAAUGUAGUUUUUAUUUCCACUUUGGUUUUAUCUUUAGUUUUUAUUCCAGUGCAUUUUUUUUUUUUGUUUUUGGAUGUUUUGUUUACCUGUUAAUUGUUCUUUUGAAAGUAAAGUGCAUUUCUUUUUGUCAGGAUGUGCUUGCAUUAUUGUAAUUACCAGUACAUCAGUUUAAAAAGGUCUUCAAACAAUAUUAUCGUUUAAUUGCAAUAAUCUGAGAAUUAAUCGUUCAGGAAGAUUUAUCGUGACAGGCCUGGGUGUAAAGCCUUUUGUUUUGGGUGGUUUGUAGGGCUUAAAAUGUAGCAUUCACUGAUCACUGGUUUCAGAUAAAUAUAUUUGUCUUCAGGCUGUUCCACUCACAUGUCAGGAGGUUUCAGUUUUAAAUUACAGAUGACUUUAUUCUUUAAAUGAGCUGUAGAGAUAAAAGGAAGACACACAGAAUGGGAUUUAUUCCCUGUAUUAUUUAUUGAAAACCCAGCAGUCGUCAUUAAUACCUGUGGUGUCUGUACAGGCAGGGGAGAAAGAACAUGUGGUAAACUAAAAACUGCUGUCAUUCUGUUAAGA